AUGCCGAAACCGGCGUCGCUUGCUGCGCACCAGGCCGCCCGGGACGGUGACAUUAGCGGUCUUGAGCGACUGCUGCCAGUGCUGGACGAUAGCGGAGUGGCGAUCUUCCAGAGCGUGGACGACACUUCAGGGGACACUGCUCUGCACAUUGCGGCCGAGGAAGGCCAGCUCGAGUGCGUUACUUGGCUGUUGCGACAUGGCAACAUUUACUACCAGACCAAGAACAUCACUGGCGAAACGCCAGCGCACAAGGCGGCGCUCAAUGGGCACUUGGAUUGUCUGGAGACGCUCAUUGAGUUCGACAAGGAGAACGCGAGUACGGCAGCAAACGAGACGAACAACCAGGGCCUGACUUGCCUGCACAUUGCCACCAUCCACAACCACAUGGCGGUUAUCAAAUGGCUCCUGGAUCGCUACCGUUCGACGGCAUUUGCCAUGAACGAAUUUGGCGCAUUGGCAAUUCACUUUGCCGCCGCACAAGAUAUGUGCACGGCUGCCAGGUUUUGUUGGUGUGCGCGGGAAUGCACGGCCGACCUUGAUGUCUUCAAGAAAGUAGAACCGCGGUUCUACUUGACUGAUUCUCACCGUCCAUAG